CUGACGAACGGGGAGAGCAGGUGCGGGGGACACGGCGCGGAGCCCCGCGCUCUCCCUUUGUCCUGGCAGCUGCGCGGCGAGGGGAGGCGAGACCCCCCGCUCCUGCCCCUGCCAGCGAGCCGGGCUUGGCUGGUUCCGCGCUAGCUACUGCACCGGUGCCGCUCCCCGAGCUGGAGCCACGGGAGAGUCCGGAGGCCGCUGCGCCCAGGGACACAGCGGGCCCGAGCCCCCCAAGGCAGCGUCCCCCGCUCGGAUCGGCCCCCGGGGGCAGUUCGCCAAGGCGGGUGUGGACACGAAGUGCCGGUGGCCGCCCGGCUCCGCGGAAGCAGGGACACAAAGGCUGGGCGUGUGCGCGCUGCGGGGGCGGAUCCGCUCCCUGAGCCGGGACCAGCCUGCCCGGGGCGCGCAGCUCCGCGGCUGAACCCCGCCGGGGGAGGCGCGAGGAGCCAGUGUCGGGGGCAGAGCCGCCCCCUGGGGCUUCCCGGCUUUAGGGCCCGGCGGGGCAGCCCCGCUUGGCGGGGGGCCCGGACCCGCGGCGCCUGCCCCCGCCUGGCCCCCCGGGCGCCAUGGCCUGCAGCCUGAAAGACGAGCUACUCUGCUCCAUCUGCCUGAGCAUCUACCAGGACCCGGUGAGCUUCGGCUGCGAGCACUACUUCUGCCGGAAAUGCAUCACGGAGCACUGGGUCCGGCAGGAGCACCAGGGCGCCCGCGACUGCCCCGAGUGCCGCCGCACCUUCGCCGAGCCCACGCUGGCGCCGAGCCUCAAGCUCGCCAACAUCGUGGAGCGCUACGCGGCCUUCCCGCUGGACGCCAUCCUGAGCGCGCGGCGCAGCUCCGCGCCCUGCAAGGACCACGAGAAGGUCAAGCUCUUCUGCCUCACGGACCGCGCCGUGGUCUGCUUCUUCUGCGACGAGCCCGCCGUGCACGAGCAGCACCAGGUCACCAACGUGGACGACGCCUUCGAGGAGCUGCAGAGAGAACUGAAGGAGCAGCUCCAGGCACUGCAGGACAGCGAGCGCGGCCACACGGAGGCCCUGCACCUGCUCAGACGCCAGCUAGCCGAGACCAAGUCCUCUGCCAAGAGCCUGCGAGCCACCAUCGGGGAGGCCUUUGAGCGGCUGCACCGGCUCCUGCGCGAGCGCCAAAAGGCCAUGCUGGAGGAGCUGGAGGCUGACACCGCCAGGACUCUGACCGACAUCGAGCAGAAGAUCCAGCGCUACAGCCAGCAGCUGCGCAAAGUGCAGGAGGGCAGCCAGAUCCUGCAGGAGCGGCUGGCUGAGGUGGACAGGCACGCCUUCCUGGCAGGCAUCGCCUCGCUCUCGGAGAGGCUCAAGGGAAAGAUCCAUGAAACAAACCUCACCUAUGAAGACUUUCCUACCUCCAAAUACAUGGGCCCCCUGCAGUACACGAUCUGGAAAUCGCUCUUCCAGGACAUCCAUCCGGUGCCAGCAGCCCUCACGCUGGACCCUGUCACAGCUCACCAGCGCCUCAUCCUCUCGGAUGACUGCACCAUCGUGGCCUACGGCAACUUGCACCCGCAGCCGCUGCAGGAUUCACCCAAGCGCUUUGACGUGGAGGUGUCGGUGCUGGGCUCAGAGGCCUUCGGCAGCGGCGUGCACUACUGGGAGGUCAUCGUCUCGGAGAAGACCCAGUGGAUGAUCGGGCUGGCACAUGAGGCUGUCACGCGCAAGGGGAGCAUUCAGAUCCAGCCCAGCCGUGGCUUUUACUGCAUCGUCAUGCACGACGGCAACCAGUACAGCGCCUGCACCGAGCCCUGGACCCGGCUCAAUGUUAAGAGCAAGCUGGAGAAAGUAGGUGUCUUCUUGGACUAUGACAAAGGGCUCCUGAUCUUCUACAACGCUGAUGACAUGUCGUGGCUCUACACCUUCCGGGAGAAGUUCCCCGGCAAGCUCUGCUCGUACUUUAGUCCUGGCCAGAGCCACGCGAAUGGCAAGAACGUGCAGCCACUCCGCAUCAACACCGUCCGGAUCUAG